AUGUAAUAUAAGACCAAUAUAUAACUCAUGAAGAUAAAUUAUAGUUUUCAACAUGUAUAUUUUUACAAUCACAAUGAUAUAAAUUCCUGUAUCAUGGAACAAAAUUAUCUACUAAUUCCAGACGAUGACGCAGCAUGAUGAUGGAAACGUUAUGUACUGGUACAACCACCUUUAAUGAUGAUGAUAUUUGCUCAAGCAAUAACAACAGCUGCACAGAAGCAUUGAAAAUAGAUGCCCAAGUUCAGCCUAAAGCAAGCUUAAUUUUGAUGAGUAAAUCAUUUAUUGAAAGUAUUAUACCUGCUUUACUAUCUUUGUUUUUGGGACCAUGGAGUGAUCUGUAUGGAAGGAAACUUAUUAUAUUAUCAGGAUACGCUGGUAAAUCACUGACGUAUUUCAUUCUAUCUAUUAUGACCAUUUAUGAUAUCAGUCCAUGGUUUUUAUUAAUUGCAUAUAUUCCAUAUGCAUUUUCUGGAGGAUUUUGUAUAAUUUUAUUGGGUACUAUUUGUUAUAUUUGUGACAUAUCAAAUGAACAGGAAAGAGGCUGGCAAUUAGCUUGGAUGGAGGCUUUAAUAUCUAUUGGUGUUGUAACUGGUAUAUUAGCUGGUCCUGUUAUUUUUCAAGCAUAUGGGUAUGUAACUGUGUUUGGUAGUGCUGCUGUAUGUUGUGUGUUAGCAGGAUUGCACAUUUACUUUUUAGUACCCGAGACCAUAUACAACAGAAAUUCAAUAACUCUUGGAACAAUGUUUGAUAUACAUCUAGUCAAAAGACUUAUUAACACAUGUAUUCAAAAAAGAGAAGGAUUCAAUAGACAUAUAGUUUGGUGCUGUAUAACUUCCAUUAUUUUAAUGGUUGUAGUCUUAGAAGGAGAAAUGACUAUUGGCUUUUUAUUUGCAAGUGCUAGACUUGGUUGGGAUGUAAAUACAUAUUCUAUUUAUGUAGCUACUAAUAUAAUACUGAAAAUUCUUGGAAUUCUAAUUGGUGUAAAAAUUUUGGUAAUAUACGGAGGACUUUCUGAAGAAGUAACAGCUAUAUUAUCAUUGUUUUCUUCCUUAAGCAGUUCCAUAAUACAAAGUUUCACAUUAAAAUCUUGGCAUAUGUAUUUAUCUGCAGUUGUAGGAAUAUUUAGUGGUGUUGCCAGUCCUAUGAUUCGUACUACAUUGUCUAAGUCAGUGCCUCCAGAGGAUAAUGGUAAGGUGUUUUCUAUGACAGUAUCUAUUGAAACAUUGAUUCCAUUUUUAGCAUCUUCUUUAUACAGCAUAAUUUAUUCAUAUUUUAUGCCACCUAUGUACCCAGUACCUGUAUGGUUUGUAUCUAUAGGUAUUUUUAUCAUUGUAAUAUUUCUGUUGAUAAACAUAAAAAUUCAAAGUACAAGACAAAGUAACUCUGUAAGAUAUGUGCCACUGCCACAAGAUAGCGAAAUAUUGACAUAAUUUUACAUCAAUACUGCGAUGCUGUAAAAUACUGUGAUUAUAAAAAAAGAUAUAAUGAAUGUACAUACAUUUUGUAACUUUUUAAAUGCAAAAAUAUAAAAUUAAAUUAAAUUUAAA